GGUUAGGAAAGUACCUUGGACAGCCCCUUCCUGACUACAUCACAAGGUAGAAACCAAUUAGAGGGUACAGUAAACUUGAUGUUUGUCCUAUUUCUCAUACCGGUAAUCAUCAUCUCACUCUGUGAGGGAUUUCUCUGUGAUACAUUUAGGAAACUAGUGAAUAGAACUGAAUGAAGAAAACAGUUGUUCGCACUCAGAAUUUGGGAUCAUUUUGAGGUUUAGUGACAGCUGAAUUUGUAUCUAGGAUGAUGGCGGACAUGUCAGCGGAGGAGAUUACAAUUAAAGCCAACCAAGUAACAAAUGAGUCACUUGAAAGCACUAGGCGGAUGGUACAAAUGGCAUGGGAGAGCGUGGAUGUAGGAAACAAAACAAUGACCAUGCUGGAUGAGCAGGGAGAACAACUGAAGCAUGUGGAAGAGGGAGUGGAUCGGAUCAAGCAGGACAUGAAACAGGCUCAGAAGAACCUAAAUGAGCUGUCCAAAUGCUUUGGCUUGUGUCUGUGUCCAUGUAACAGACUGAAGCCCAUUGAGAAUGAUAGGAGAUAUAAGCAGGCUUGGAGUACAAUGGAAAUAAAUCCGGGUGUGGUAUCCAGCCAGCUGACUGCCGUCCAAAAUAAACAAGCUGUUUUUGUUAGAUCAGCGGCCCCCUCCGGUCCCUAUAUUAAGAGAUUAAUGAAUGACAUACGAGAAGAUGAGAUGGAGAACAAUCUGGAACAGGUUGGCAGCGUGAUCGAGAAUCUAAGGAUCAUGGCUGAGGACAUGGGUAACAAGAUAGGUCUUCAAACUGAUGUCAUUGUGAAAAUGACUGAACAGGUAAAGCUACUCUAUCAAAUCAACAUGAUCACAUGGAAAAUCGACAUGUUGCUUCUGAUAGUUCAUGUACAGUGAAAUCAAUACCAUUCAGCCGGAUCAACCAUCAGACAUUUUUGCAUCACUUCAUGCAGUUGACCUUUCUCUCUAGCACUACUGAGCAACCAAUACACAGGUUCUGAUCUUAUGGAAACCAGGAAACUAUCAUGUUUACAUAAACAAUGUUUAGUGCGAUUCAGAUAUAGCGUUGUCUCUCUAAAAUUACAUUUUUACUUAACUGACAGUUAGGUUUAGGGUUGGGGUUUGGGUUAGGUUAGGUUAGAUAGAGUUAAUAAAAUACACGUUGCUGUUAACUGUAAUACUUCAUUUAAAACUACGUUUACAAUGUUUUGUCAGUGUAACUUUGUGAAGUUAACAAAUAUGAUUUAAAAGGAAAUUCCAUUAAUUUGGUAAGACAACCCAGUUUGGAGGGCUUAUUAGAGGAAAACAGUUGAAACUAAACCAAGUCCUGGACCUGACAACAGAAAUUGGAAUUGUGACAGGUCUCACUUAAACAGCAUUUUUUUUUUAUGUCAAGCUGGAUUGUAGAAAUAUUGGAUUGUUGUUUAGCAUACCACAUGUAACUGUAUCUGUUGGUGUUCUUGUUUUUUUUGCCAGGGUGAAUUACUUACAGAUUACAUUAACCCUGCUGUACAUCAAGCUAACAACCUUCACUAAAGGAAACGGAGAAGGAAUUACUACGAAUAUUGCUCAGGAUCCUGGUUGCCACACUUUUUACCACUGAAAAGAAUGUAACAAGAGUAAUAGGAACUCUUUUAGUGUCUUUUUAUUUUGCAAUCUUAAUGUUCAUUCUAAGAGUACUCUUUGGACAAAAGAGGAAACGUUGUGUGACAUGUAUUAGGAUAGAAUAGCAUGUCAUUUAUGAAUAUGGCAUUGCAAAACAUUUUUAAACAUCUUUCAUUUUUAAUAAAGAAAAACAUCAUAUUGA